AUGGCUUUAUGCUAAACCAGCCAACCACAUACCAAGCUGUUUUGUCCUUUGAAAUCUUCCCCCGCCCCCUGGUCCUGCGGAGUGAUCUGUGAAAAGGCUGCUCUGAAGCUGCUUCCUUCCUUUCCUUCUCUUCGGCCGCUAGAAGGUGUUUGAAAAUGUCUGCUCAUCUGCAGUGGAUGGUUAUCCGUAACUGCUCCAGCUUCCUCAUCAAGAGGAAUGGGCAGACCUACAGCACUGAACCCAACAACCUGAAGUCCAAGAACUCCUUCCGUUUCAAUGGGCUUGUCCACAGAAAAACUGUUGGUGUGGAGCCUGCAGCCGAUGGAAAGGGAGUUGUCGUAGUCCUCAAGAAGCGUGCAGGUCAGCGUAAACCAGCCACAUCUUAUGAGAAGAUCACCAUCAACAAGAACUCCCGUGCUACCCUGAACAGCCUGCGCCACAUCAUCCGUAAGAAUAGCUACAGGAAGGAUCUCCGUAUGGCUGCUCUGCGUCGUGCUAGCGCCAUUCUGAGGAGCCAAAAGCCAGUGGUUGUAAGGAAGAAGCGCACCAGGGCUGCCAAGACAGCAUAAACUGACUUGAAAUAUUGUCAAUAAAGAUUUGUUAACACA